GGCGCCGCUGCCCCGGAAGCGGACGGCACGCCGCGGCGGGGUGGGUGCAAGAUGCCGCUGCCGGUUCAGGUGUUUAACUUACAGCAGCCAGCCAGCUCUGUGUCAGGGUCGGGGGGUGCAGAAAGUCAGGACAGAAUGAGGGAUAGCUCGGCCCCCAGCUCGGCCUCCUCGUCAGUGACAGAUCUGUACCGCACCCCUCACAGCAGUAGGUCAGACCUCGUCCUGCCCGGCACGGCCGGGGACUUCAGCCUGAGCGCCAGCCUGUCGGCCUGUACGCUGCUCUACGAGGGGGCUGUGGAACCCAUGCAGAUCGACGUGGACCCCCAGGAAGACCCGCAGAAUGCACCUGAUGUCAACUACGUGGUGGAGAACCCCACCCUGGAUCUGGAGCAGUAUGCAGCCAGCUACAGUGGCCUGAUGCGUAUUGAGCGGCUGCAGUUCAUUGCUGAUCACUGCCCCACGCUGCGGGUGGAGGCCCUAAAGAUGGCCCUCUCCUUCGUGCAGAGAACCUUCAAUGUCGACAUGUAUGAGGAGAUCCACCGCAAGCUCUCAGAGGCCACCAGGUCCUCUCUCAGGGAGCUGCAGAACGCACCUGACGCCAUCCCUGAGAGUGGCGUGGAGCCCCCAGCCCUGGACACGGCCUGGGUGGAGGCCACGAGGAAGAAGGCCCUGCUGAAGCUGGAGAAGCUAGACACGGACCUGAAGAACUACAAGGGCAACUCCAUCAAGGAGAGCAUCCGGCGCGGCCACGACGAUCUGGGCGACCACUACCUGGACUGUGGGGACCUCAGCAACGCCCUCAAGUGCUACUCCCGGGCCCGGGACUACUGCACCAGCGCCAAGCACGUCAUCAACAUGUGCCUCAACGUCAUCAAGGUCAGCGUCUACUUGCAGAAUUGGUCUCAUGUGCUGAGCUACGUCAGCAAGGCCGAGUCCACCCCGGAGAUUGCCGAGCAGCGAGGAGAGCGUGACAGCCAGACCCAGGCCAUCCUCACCAAGCUCAAGUGUGCCGCAGGCUUGGCGGAGCUGGCCGCAAGGAAGUACAAGCAGGCUGCCAAGUGCUUCCUGCUGGCUUCCUUUGAUCACUGUGACUUUCCUGAGCUGCUGUCCCCCAGCAACGUGGCCGUCUAUGGUGGCCUGUGUGCCUUGGCUACCUUUGACCGGCAGGAGCUGCAGCGCAACGUCAUCUCCAGCAGCUCCUUCAAGUUGUUCUUGGAGCUGGAGCCGCAGGUUCGAGACAUCAUCUUCAAAUUCUACGAGUCCAAGUACGCCUCGUGCCUCAAGAUGCUGGAUGAGAUGAAGGACAACCUGCUCCUGGACAUGUAUCUGGCUCCCCAUGUCAGGACCUUGUACACCCAGAUUCGCAACCGUGCCCUCAUCCAGUAUUUCAGCCCCUACGUGUCAGCUGACAUGCACCGGAUGGCGGCGGCCUUCAACACCACGGUGGCCGCCCUGGAGGACGAGCUGACACAGCUAAUCCUGGAGGGAUUGAUCAGUGCCCGCGUGGACUCCCACAGCAAGAUCCUAUAUGCCCGGGACGUGGAUCAGCGCAGCACCACCUUCGAGAAGUCUCUGCUGAUGGGCAAGGAGUUCCAGCGCCGCGCCAAGGCCAUGAUGCUGCGCGCAGCCGUGCUCCGCAACCAGAUCCAUGUCAAGGUGGGCAGGCGUCAGUGGGUGGGCAGGUGCGGUGUGUGGCACGUGGGGCCUGGUGGCUUAGUUGCUCCUCGUCUCCUCGGCAGUCCCCACCCAGAGAAGGGAGCCAGGGGGAGCUGACUCCAGCCAACAGCCAGUCCCGGAUGAGCACCAACAUGUGAGGGCGGCGCUUGGCCUCCAGGACAUCUGCACCCCGCCCCCACCCCACGGACCUGCCCACUUCCAGGCGGCUCAGUGCUGCCUUCGGCCCAGCUGAGGACCUGGCCACUGGGUGCUCCCCAGCCUGCGUGCCCUUGCCAGGGCUGGGGAGGCAGGCGGCUGCUAGUUGUGGCCCUUCCUGGAAAGAGAGGCCUGGAGGGCUCAACCCCAUGGGUUUCUGUCCCCAGGGAGCAGACUGUGGGGCACCCAGGCCCAGUGGCACCACUUCCCGAACCCCUCCUGUUCCCGCCUUGGUUAGGUGCAGACAAGUGGGCAGUAUCCAUUAAAAAGCAGACUGAGCGUU